AUGCGGGGUUUGGUCGGAGCGGGUUGGGUCGGGUUGCUGGUGCUUUGCUGUGUGCUCCAGGGUGGAACGCUAGUCGCCAGGGCGCAGCAGUUUUCCUCCAGCUCCAGCCUAGGCCACCACGGCCGCUGCGAAGCCAUCACCAUUCCCCUUUGCACGGACAUACAGUACAACGAGACCAUCAUGCCCAAUCUGCUCAACCACCAGAAGCAGGAGGACGCCGGCUUGGAGGUACACCAGUUCUUCCCACUGGUCAAGGUACAGUGCUCGCCCGAUCUCAAGUUCUUUCUGUGCGCCAUGUAUGCGCCCGUGUGUACCGUACUCGAGGAGGCUAUCCCUCCCUGCCGAUCUCUCUGUAACAGCGCUCGUACCGGCUGCGAAGCCCUCAUGAACAAGUUCGGCUUCCAGUGGCCGGAGAGUCUGGAGUGCAGCAAGUUCCCCGUACAGGGAACGCCCGGAAAAAUCUGCGUCGGGGAAAACCGGACUGAGCAAAUCCCCACGGCGGUUCCUACGGCCAAUAACGGCAACAGCUCGGCUGUAACGGAGAAUCCGAUCCGCAAGGACUAUGGCUUCUACUGCCCCAGAGAGCUGAAAGUCUCCCCGGCCCUCGGGUAUUCCUUCCUCGGAGCUAAGGACUGCGGAGCGCCCUGCGAUUCCAUGUACUUCCGCGACGACGAGGUAGAAUUCGCCCAGGUUUGGAUUGGCAUCUGGUCAGUUCUCUGCGCCUGUAGCUGCCUCUUCACCGUCCUAACCUACCUGAUCGACCCUGGACGGUUCAGGUACCCGGAAAGACCCAUCAUCUUCCUCUCGGCCUGCUAUCUGAUGGUCUCAGUAGCCUACAUCGUCGGUUAUGCCCUGAAAGAGAAGGUUUCCUGCAUGGAGGGAGUCUGGAUGCAGGAAGGCGGCCAGAGAUAUCAGACCGUUCCAACAGUCACACAGGGCACAAAGAAAGAAGGCUGUACGAUCCUGUUCAUGAUGCUGUAUUUCUUCAGUAUGGCGUCUUCGCUGUGGUGGGUCAUCCUCACUCUCACCUGGUUCCUCGCAGCAGGCAUGAAGUGGGGACAUGAAGCUAUCGAGGCCAACUCCCAAUACUUCCACCUCGCGGCCUGGGCAGUUCCCGCAGUCAAAACCAUCGCGAUCCUCGCCAUGGGGAAGGUAGACGGAGACGUGCUGAGCGGGGUCUGCUUCGUGGGGAUUUCCGACAUCGACGCCCUUCGCGGCUUCGUCCUGGCGCCGCUGUUCCUGUAUCUCGUCAUCGGGACUCUCUUCCUGCUCGCAGGGUUUGUCUCCCUGUUCCGGAUCCGUACGAUCAUCAAGCAAGACGGCACGAAGACGGACAAGCUGGAGAAGCUGAUGAUUCGCAUCGGGGUGUUCAGCGUGCUCUACACGGUCCCCGCGACCAUCGUCAUCGCCUGCUACUUCUACGAGCAGGCGUUCCGGCGCGAGUGGGAGAGGUCGUGGGAGGUCGACAACUGCGAGAAGUUCUUCAUCCCGUGCCCUCCCGGCCCGCACGCGCGGCCGAGCGCCAACCCUGACUUUACCGUGUUCAUGAUCAAGUACCUCAUGGCGCUGAUCAUGGGGAUCACGUCCGGCAUCUGGAUCUGGACGGGGAAGACUGUGCAGGCAUGGAAAAGGUUCUACGGACAGAUAUGCUUUAGAAAACAGGACGAAACAGUCGUCUGA